CUCUCUCACCCCGCCUGUCAACGCUGCGUCCUGCCGGCCCACUGCAGCCAUCAGCGGGCCUCCAGCAUCGGAUCAGAACCAACAGGUUCUGGAAAACAAUGGAUGACUGAGCUUUAGAGACUUUUCGAUACAACUUCAGUUCUCGAAUCAAGUGGAGAACUUUAUUUUUUUGCGUGGACAAACUUUUACCAACAAGGAUUUUAACUUUUCUUGAAAUAAAUAAAAAAAAGAAGAGGAAGAAUAUAUCAUAUUUGUAGUGUGUAGAUAAUUAACUCUCUUUCUAAGUGGCUUGUUGGGGAUGUUGAGCUCUGUGAAGAUGGAAGCCCACGACCUACCUGAGUGGAAUACUUUCUACAGUGAGGCCAGCGAGAUGUAUUCCUCUCCCAGCAGCAUGAACUCUGCUCUGGGCUCUGUGGGGUCCAUGGGGACCAUCAACAGUUACAUCAACCUGAACCCAGCUAGCGCCGCCCCGGCAGGCAUGAACAUGGCGUACCCCAGCUCGGGCCUCAGCACCUCCCCGCUAGCCUCCAUGGGGUCAGGGGCAGGGCACAUGCCCCUCUCCCCGGUGGCACCCUCCCUCAGCUCGGGCUCGCUCACCCAGCUGGGUCCGGCCACUCCCGGCUCGUUGGGCUCCCUGUCCCACUACCAGAACAUGGGUCAGUCCAUGAGCCAGCUGGGAUACCCGUCGGGCGCCUCCCUGAGCCGAGCCGGGCCCAAGGAGAUCCCCCCAAAGCCGUACCGGCGAUCCCUGACCCACGCAAAGCCGCCGUACUCGUACAUCUCGCUCAUCACCAUGGCCAUCCAGCAGAGCGGCAGCAAGAUGCUCACCCUCAACGAGAUCUACCAGUGGAUCAUGGACCUGUUCCCGUACUACCGCGAGAACCAGCAGCGCUGGCAGAACUCCAUCCGACACUCACUGUCCUUCAACGACUGCUUCGUCAAGGUAGCCCGCUCGCCUGACAAGCCAGGCAAAGGUUCCUAUUGGACCCUGCACCCGCAGUCCGGGAACAUGUUUGAGAACGGCUGCUACCUGCGGCGCCAGAAACGCUUCAAGAUCGAAGACAAGAUGGCUAAGAAGGGGGGCAAGGAGGGGGGCAAAGGGGUCCACAGUGGAGAUGUCCUGCUGGAGGACAGAAGCCCCGUCGGGGGCUCAGAGGAAGCCGACUCCGCUCACUCGGACAGCUCCCACCCUGGGUCUUCCGACGACCAGCCGCUUCCCAGAAGUUCGCUGGUUCCGCUUGACUGCCCCUCGCUGUCCUCCCACCUCCACAGCCCACCUCUGUCCCAGCCGCCGUCCACCUCCUCCUCCUCAAUCCCUCCAUCCUCUUUGUCCCUCUCCGCCACCUCCGCUGCCAACCCCAUCUUCCACUCCCAGUCCUUAGCGGGCGGAGCCCACCUCCUGCCCGGUGCCAUGCAUCAGCACAUGGAACUACAGAGCGACGCCCUCAAGUCCCUGGACCCCCACUACAACUUCAACCACCCCUUCUCCAUCACCAACCUCAUGUCCAACGAGCAGAAGAUGGACCUCAAGUCCUACCAGGACCAGAUGAUGGCGUACAACAGCUACGCUGCCGGCUCGCCUGUGGCCGCCAAGCAGAUCUACGACAGCCCCAGCCCCGCCACCAUGGACUCUGGUGCCUACUACCAGACUCUGUACAGCCGUUCUGUCCUCAACGCUUCUUAAUGUGCACGCUCUUGCGCCACACACAGACACACACACACACACGCACAUAAGAGACUUGCAUCUACAAGCCGCCAUGUUUGAUGGACCAUAGAAGGUUUUUCUUUUCCCAUGGAGACUCUCUGGUUACACCACGCACACAACCCUGACCAUGAUGAUGAAGAUGGACUUUGUACAAAAUGUAAAUAGCAGCAAUGUGUGUGUGUGUGUGUGUGUGUGUGUGUGUGCGUGUGUGUGUGCGUGCGUGUGGGCAUUUGCAUUUAUUUAUAAAGGGAAUAAAUUUUAAUAUAUCUUAUAUUCUGCUUUGUGGACCAGUUACAACCUUAAUGUGAGUUUCUGCAGUGGGACACGCUUCAUUCAUGUUACAAUGUCACACUACAGGAACGUUCUCCAUGCGAUGAAGCCAACUGUGGUAAAGACUUGAAACAACAGUAUGCUGUGUUGUUACCUGGAGAGGUGAAUGCUUUGGGCCCGACUAUAAGUGGGGGGAGGGGGGGUGGGGUAAGCUAGUUACUAAAAAGAGAGAGGAGAGAUGCACUAUGGGAGAUUUACAUACAGUACUUUGCACUAUGGAGCUCCCACUGGCCAAGUGGGCUGAUAGUGUGUGUGAGUGUGUGUGUGUGUGUUUGUGUGUGUGUGUGUGCGCGCGUUACAAUACUAAAGGAGUGUCCCCACACUGAGAAGGAGGGGAGGGGGGGUGUCUGUCGGUGUAACAAAAGGUGUCACACUGCGGUCCAAAAGUGCCUUCUUCUGUCCACAUGAUCAGUUGUCAAUAAACUGAAGGAUGAUAAAGACUUUCAGGUCACAUGACGAAAAAGAAAGAUCUUAUUUAAGCUAUGUCGCUUUUCAAACUUUGGAAAAAAAAAACAAAAAAAAACGCAGUGUGUCCUUAUAAUAUACUAUUUUUCUCGUCUCCCUCCUUGUUUCUGUUGGUUUCAAUGUGAUUACAUCUUUGACUUUUCCUAAUAAAAAGGUUGAAAACGGGAGACAUGGUGCAUGGUGUCAUUUCUACCCAGUGAAGAAGACGUUGAAUUGCUUCCACUGUAUACUGUCCAGAUAUUUUUGUCCAUUUGUUCUAGUUCUGCCACACCAUACUCCUCCAAGCGUGCCUUAGUGCACUGGGAACAGAAAAGGGCCUUUAACCCAAAGUG